UUGCAGCUUCACCUCCUGAACCAAAAGAUGUCGUGCUCCAGCCUGUGCAUCCCUUCCUGUGGGGUGGCCGCCCCGGCCCCGCUGGCUGACACCGCCAACGAGCCCUGCGUGCGCCAGUGCCCCGACUCCACGGUGGUCAUCCAGCCCCCGGCCUCGGUGGUCACCUUCCCCGGGCCCAUCCUCAGCUCCUUCCCUCAGUACAGCGUUGUUGGCUCAGCGGGAGCCCCCGGUGUUGGAGGGGGUUACGGCGGCACUUUUGGAGGCCGUGGUGGUUUUGGAGGCUUUGGGGGCUAUGGGGUGUACGGAGGCCUUGGGGGCUCUGGGGGCUAUGGAGGCUAUGGGCUUUAUGGGGGCUACGGAGGCCUUGGGAGCUGCGGAUAUGGCGGCUGGCGCCGUGGCCACAGGUACCUCAGUGGCAACUCGCACAAAGCUGCCCAUGGGGAACAGCCAGAACUGGUGGCCAAGGCACUACUGGGCCCAACAGCUCUUCUUGGGCUGCAGCGUUCAGGGGGAUAA